UGGGAGGGAGCAGGUUAGGGGGAGGUUUGUCAUGGGUGAUGAAAGCAUAGGCUGUAGGCAUCUCAGGAUGGGGGAAGAGAGGUUUUCUGUGGAGAUGCCCCAGGGUCUGUAGAGGGACAAAUUGGGAAGUUUACUGGAGCAGUGGGAAAGGGAGCGUCCCAGAACUUUGUAUAGGGGGACAGUUUCAGGGAGGGUGUCCCUGGACUCUGUGUGUGUGUGUGUGUGUGUGUGUGUGUGUGUGUGUGUGUAUGUAGCAUCACUUGAGGCAUCCUGGAGCUAGGGAUCGCCUAGUAUUUUUCUAGUGGAGAAUGGAUUAUUUGGCGUUUGGCACAUGGAAGCAGCCAGGGGGAAAGAAUUAACCAUUUAAGAGUUGGAGAUACCUGGGCCCCAUUUCUGCAGACUUCCUUCUGCAGACUUCGCCCCCUACCUGUGAUGACGUCAAGCCAGUUGGGAUUGGCGUGCUCAUGUGCCUCCUCCCAUCUGCUUUUUUGAUUGUGUGUCUACAGCCUUAGAAAUAAGAACUCUUAGACAGCUGUCUUUAUGUUCCUAAGAUGUGCCUGUCUUUAAGCAAACCUAGUCUGCAAAUUUUGGAUUUAUUCAAAAGCUUAAAUUAGGGUGUUUUUUUUUUAACCUUGAAUUUCCUGAUUGAUAUACUAUAGGAUUAUUUGAGAGAACAAAUUACCCAGUGAUUUACAACUAGUCAGUUUACAGAAAAUCAGCUUAACUCGACACGUUAAGUUGUGUGCUAUGCUCCAAACACUUUGUUAUGGGAAAUAGGAGAGCAAGGCAAGGCCCUUACCUCAAGGUGCUUUGCCUGGCUGGGAAGAUGAGACAUAUACGUGAGAAAUAGGAAUGGUUUUAGGGAAGACUAUUGCUUGAUGACAAGGCUGUCACUAUUGUUCUGUAACCUGACAUGAUGGGACCAGGCCAGCCAGCUUCAACCUGUGUUCAUCUGGCAUCUAGGACCCAAGAUGGGAGAAGCAACCCCACAGUACUUCAGACCCAGAACCAGCUGCAGUUUAAUAGGAAUGUUCCUACCCAUUCAAGCAACUUGGCAAUCCGAUAUUCUUGCCCACAUGCCAUUAGAAUUGAAAAACUGAAGCACUUGUACAAUGAAUCAUACCAUUGUAAAGACGCAGAUUGUAGAGUUGGUCCUGACCUAGGCAGUUCUGUUUCAUUUUCCGUCAUAUCAGAAGAGAGACUUAGCUAUGCCGUCCACCUGGCCAGAAGAGAUGUGAAACGAAGACAAUUCGAAGAACACAUGAAAGAACAUCAUCUCAGAAGUCAGCCUCAAAGCUCUCAGAAGUGUGGACAUACUAAGUGUAAAAUACCUGACCACAGGGUGGAAAGGAAGGAACCAAAGAGUCAAGCAGUCUGUCAGUGCAGCCACCAGCCAUCCAAAGUAGAAAUCUCCAGCUCAGGCGCCAAAGUAUACCUUUACUCAUCUCAUCCAGGCCAGUCAGAUCUAGAUCUUACCAUGCCAAAUUCACCACCCACCCAUGAUCCGGGACUUCAGCCUCAUCCCAGGAUAGGUGACCACAAAAACAUCAGUGAACAGAAAAGCCUGCUAGAAGUCCAGCGACUCCAGAAAGAAUUGAGCAGUUGUAUCCACAAAAUUGAAGAGGUAACUAAAAAAGAUAGACUAGAAGAAGCUUUGGAUCCAGAUGAAGAACGUCGAGUCCGUAUCAGGAGACAGGAGCAAGCUGUUCGCUCUGCCCGAAUGCUCUACGUCCUCCAGCAGCAGGUAAAAGAAAUCCAGGAAGAGUUGGAUAAAUUGAGUCCACAUAAAAUUAAACACACUAAGAAGUCAUGGGCAAUGUCUAGGCUGGCAGCUGCCCAUCGAGGAGCCAUUCGGGCCUUACACAUGUUCGUCACUCAGUUUACUGACCGAGGGGAGCACCCCCUUCCUGCUCGGUGCAGGGAACUGGGCAGCCUUAUUCGCCAGCUUUCACUUUGUUCUGCCAAACUGGAUGCAGACCCUUCUGUUCCUGAUGUGGUUAUAGACAUUCUGCAACAAAUUGAGGCUUUGGAGUCUCUCUUGGAAAAGAAACUGUCACCAAAAAAGAUGAAAAAAUGUUUCAGUGAAGUGUGGAGCAGAUUUCCUAUUGGUAGCCAAAAGACCUUAGAGAGAUGGCCAAGUACAUCACCAAGGGGCGAGAGGAGACCCUUCACAGCAAAGAACACAUUUCCACAGGAAACAAGUCGCCCUCCUGUGGCAAAGAAGCUUCUUGCUGGUCAGUAUCAGCCUGAAAUGGAGCUUCCGGAGACCCAGAGGUUGCAGAGUGAGCUUGAUGUAUUAGAUGUGGAUAUCCUUCCGGAAGAAGGACCAUUUAUCCUAGACCAAAGUGCAAGCUUCAAAGACGAGACGUUAGCCGUGGCAAAAACAAAAGCAGUGCAAAAGAAGCCUAUGACUGAGAAAGUGCCAUUUAGGAAGAAAGAUACUCUGGCACCAGCAAGACAGCAAGGACUCCACAAAGCUGAAAGAAGUAGACAAAGCCAACCUCACACUAAAAGCAGAGUGCAGCAGACAACAGUUUCAUCCAGAUUAAAAAUGAACCGACAGCCUGUGAAAGACCGCAAGGCACCAUGGAUACCCCCAAACCCCACAUCCCCACCAGCAUCUCCUAAAUGUGCUGCAUGGCUAAAGGUGAAAUCUAGCCCCAGAGAUGCCACAAAAGAGUCUCUCCAGCAAGAAGAUACUCAACAGGAAAAUCACUUGACAGGUGCAGUUGAGCACGAGGCAAUCAGGCUCGCUUGGCUUGAUGCUGAAACUUCCAAAAGAUUGAGGGAACUAGAAGAAUUAAAGGCCAAAGAAAUUGACAGCAUGCAAAAACAGAGGCUUGACUGGCUUGAUGCUGAAACUUCUAGAAGAGCAAAGGAACUGAAUGCUCUCAAAGCUGAAGAAAUGGAUAGACUCCAAAAAUUGAGUGUUUCUGCCACCCAGUUAGCAGACAAGGUAGAGGAGGCAGUUCUGGAUCGUUUGAAGCCUCUCUUGGUCAAGGCCCAGAGAGUCAAUUCUGCUACAGAAGCAAAUACUCACUUGAAGGAUGGUUUGUCAGUAAACACGACAGCCCAGCCUGCACAGGAGGUUACAGCUGUUGAUUCUGAAUCCAACAACAUACAUCAGCUUGAUGAUUUUUUGGAAGAUUCUGCCCAUGAGCUCUGGGCCAUGACUCAUGCUAAGAUCUUGGGGUCUGAAACCUUAGCCACCACUGAGGACAGCAAAGAUAGUCUAGAUCUGGAGAUCAUGAUGCGCCGAAUGGAAGAAAUGGAAAAAUACCAGGAGUCAGUUCGUCAGAGAUAUCAUAAAAUCGUAUAUGCUGAUCCUCGCCUUUGGAUGCAGGAAGAAAACAAUGACCAAAAAAUCUCAGCAAUAAGUGAAAAGCCUCUGUCUCCUCAUCCAAUCAGAAUCAUGAAGACAGUGGAUCGCAAGGAUCCAGCAGUGAACAUCAUGUUAGAAAGGCCCUGUAAUGGCAAUUCCCUGGAUGAAAGUGUGGGAACAGAGGAGGGAUCAGAGAAAAGAGAGGCUCCCCUUCUCUCCCUUGCAGAAGGUUCUCAACAGAAAGAAGGCCGAGCUCGCCUCUUUGUCCCAGCGGGUAUGCGUCACAGCAUUGGUGACUACUGCAGUCGAUUUGAGCAGUACCUUCGGAUCCUGUCUCAUGAGGCUGUAGGCUCCUUCAACCCAUGGCUGAUAGCUGAAAGCUUUUCAGAAGAGCUGGUAGAUGAAGCUCUGGGUGCCGUGGCUGCUGAACUUCAGGAUAUGUGUGAAGAUUAUGCAGAAGCUGUGUUCACCUCGGAAUUCUUAGAGGCUGCUACAUAAAGGCUCUUCGAGGCAAGGCCCUCUGUGUCACACUGGAGAAGGGAUGGCACCACCCUUUGUUUUGGCCCACAGGAGAUGUUUAUCCUCAGCUGUCUACCCAGAAGGUGCUGCCCACUGAGAGGAAGGCAGUGCUGGGGGGGCCAUCCUCACUUUGCAUUUUUGUCAUGGCAAUGGUUCUAGAAAUGUACGAUGCAAUAUAUUACACUUACCAGUGCCCAGAAACACCACUUGAUGAUGAUGAUAUUUUCAGAGUGUAGACUUUUCCUACUGAAAUAUGAUCUUCAUUCCUCUGGCUCAGUUUGGUGAUGAAAAAGUUUUGAAAGAUAAUUGAUACCCAUAUUUCACAUAGGGAUUCAGUGUGCUGUUGAACUCUCGGUGGCAUCGAUGCCAACACGAGUGCAGCUCCUAGCUGGUCCCAUCACUGGGCUCCUGUUUUGCAUCUUUGACGAUUUUCUGUCGGGCCCUCUGCCCCUACUGGACUGCAGACUCAGGGAGGGCACAGUUUGGCUCUGCAGCCAAACCUCUGCUCUGCUGCAGCUUAUUACAAACAGGAGUCUCCUCGUCGUCAGUACACAGUAAUAGACAUACAUUUCCUUAAUGUUCCACUCCUAGGUGAUUUUUCACAUUUUUAGUUCCUCAGCAUAUUUUAUUGCUGUGUGUUGACACCAUCUGGUAUAAAAAAUUUCUCUGAAAUCAGAGGAAGUUUGAGGACAUCAGGAGAGGACCAGGCCUUCUGCUGUGCCUGGGUGAAGGUACAGUGCUCACCCUGUCUCCAACGAGGUCAGAAGUGUCUCCAUUUCAUAUCACAAAGGAACCCCGAGUGGGAGUGGAGAACAGAUGGAUGGCAUGAAGACCUCCGUGUCUCCCCAGAGAAAGGAAGAAACUUAAGAACCGAUAUAGCUUAGUCCUCCAACAUCUUACAGAUCAUGUUUGCCAAGAGAAAAGCCUGUGUUUUCAGAAACUGAAUUCAGAAAAAGGAAUGUGUGUGAAACUCAGGCCACUGCCCGGAAAGACUUUCCCUCAAUUCUUAGCCUGAGGCUUGGUGAAGGAAAUGUGCGGGAAGAAUGCUUGAGACUUCCCCAGGGAAUGAUGGAACACUUUUUAGAACCGGUAGAGUGUUGUCACCUGGGAUUUUUCCUCUGACGUACAAGAAAUUCAGGUGAUUUAAGCUGCUUGAUCACACUUAUUUGUGCAAAAUUGAUUUUCAUUUAAUGUUAAUGUUUUCCUGCUUAAUUUUUAUAACUUCAGAAUGUAAAGAGCUUCAAGGUAAAUUACAAGGUCUUUAAUCUGGGGAGUGAAAUGUGUAUACUUGAAUUAAUAGGAGCACCUGUCGUUGCUAGUGUAAAGUAAUUUGUGUGGCAGUUUGUACUGUGCUGAUUUUAAAAAAUAAACCCAAUAUUUUAAAGUA